AGAAAUCACAACACGCGGGAAGUGUUCUUUCAUUCAUCAGUUUCAGUGCGUCUGUUUCUGAGAGAGAACAACGCAAUAGAAAAAUGGAGGUUUCUUCAGUUCAGCAACUCUGUGAACACUUAAUUUCUUGUGCAAUUCAAAGAUGCCGCAUGUCCGACCACCUCUGUAGACUCUCAGUCCUUCUCAAAUACUCUCCGUCGUCCGAUCCUACUCUCGUUCGAAUCUCAGUUUCAGAUACAGGCGUCGGGAGCUGCUUGGAGGAAUUUCAGUGCUUGAAAUAUGCAGUGGAUCCUGCUUCAGCUGAAAAAUGGGAUGGAGUGCUUUCUCUUACAACUACCAAUAUUACUGAUGAUGAGAUAUAUCAAUAUCAUCUGAAUCUAAAAGAAAAUGUUCCCACGAGAAGUCUCACAAAGCUACCUUCAAGCUCUAAGAAUGGUGCAACAUUCAGUGGAACUGAAAUGAAUCUGUCCAUAUUUGGAAGUGUUGAUGCCUUACUGAUGAAGCUCACACAUUUUUUGGGGAAGACUGUCAUUUUGAAGAUUCCCAAUGUUGUAAUUGAAUUGGCAGUCGAAUGCGGUGAUAUUCCUGGAUCACGAUGUGAAAAAAUUGUUCCAGCAAAAGAAUGCAGUGUUUUAUCUUCUGCUGCAUCCAACAUUGAACGCCUGAAGUCCGGACUCAAGGAAUAUGUUUUCAAGCAUGGAAACAGUUCAAGUGACAUCUGUCACUCUUGCUUCUCCGAUGGGGUGCAUCUGAAGGUUGGAAGUGGGGUGGCUUGCUGCACAGAAAGCCACAGAAAUAGUGGACAAAAGAUGGAAGCCGUGAUUAUUAUUAACGAAGUGUCAAAUCCAACCACUCCCUCCUGCUUCAGAGCAUGUGAUGCGAAAACAGAGGUUUUAUAUUUCAAGGACUUCUCACCUUGUUCAAUUUCCCAAUCAGCUCUGAACGGAUUGACAAGCAUUGACUGGAAAAAUUAUGGGUUGUCUUUGAGGAGCAUUGCGGAUCAAGAUGGCUACAUAUUCCUAGAAUGGGAGAACUUGCCGGCAAAUACCCAUGUUGAUCUUGUCCUCCACUGUUAUCAUAAGGAGGUCAUGCUGCCAUCAACCCUGCACAAGACUCGUCUUGAACGAACAAUUACGCGAAAGGCUGUUAAGCUUGCAUUGAAUGAUUUGAAGGAUAGAAACACAGGAGCUCUUCUCAGUUCACAUGCUAUCAAGAUAUGCAGUUAUGCCCCUGAUCUUGCAAGAACAAUUGCGGGUCUGGUCUUGUCUUCUAAUGACUCGCUCUUCCAAGGAGAAUGCCUUUCUCUUCUUGGGUUACAGCCUCAAGAAAUCGGAGGAAGAAUCGUUGAAGACUGCAUCAAUGAAAAGAUUAUCUCAGCUAUAGAGAUCAAUGAUAGAAAGCCUCAAACAAAACGCGAAGCUGCACCUUUUCUUUUUGAAGAUGACUUCAACCUGGAACCAUAUGUCGACGACGACGAAUACAAAGGCAAGGAAGUUUUUAGUGCGUUAGACCUAUAGAAAACAAUGUCUGCGAUAUGCCAUCACUCGCUUUAGGUGACUAGUAUUUUUUUUGAUUGCAUGACAUAAGUUACAUAAUGAAAUCUAGAUAUAGAUGCUAUGGUAAUGCGGUUGGGUGUUCACGUAUAGGAGCAGCCACUUUGUGCGUACACCAAAAUAAGCCAC